AUGGCUAACAGCGCGCUUGCCGGGUUCCUCAUUCUCCUCCUCUUUUUCAUGUGUGCAAUGUCGUUGGGCAAGGCGGAAGAAGAAGAUAUAAGGAAGCCCUAUAUUAUUCAUAUGAUCAAAUCCAUGAAACCCCAACAUUUCUAUCUACACCAACACUGGUACGCUUCAAUGCUCAGCCAGGUCUCAGAAUCAAAUGCGAAUGAGUUGCUAUACACAUAUGAUACUCUCUUGCACGGCUUUGCUGCGAGGCUAAGCGAAGCAGAGGCUGACGCCAUGGAGAGUAUGGAGGGGUGCUUGGCCGUGGUCCCUUCCUCCCUCAAUAAAGUUGCCACUACACACACGCCAGAGUUUCUGGGUCUCUCAUCCUCCUCCUCUUCUUCUCCUGGAUUAUGGUCUCAAUACUCCACUGGUGGCGAAGAUAUCAUCGUGGGCGUGAUUGACACAGGCAUAUGGCCUGAAAGCAAAAGCUUCAAUGAUGCAGGGCUUGGACCUGUUCCCUCGAGAUGGAAAGGCACAUGUGAAAGCGGGCAGGCCUUCAAUUCGUCACAUUGCAAUAGAAAAAUCAUUGGAGCUCGAUACUUCUACAAAGGCUUCCAAAAUAAUGUUUCUAAAAUCAAUGAAACGUUGGAAUACAUGUCUCCCAGAGACGCCCACGGCCACGGCACUCAUACAGCCUCAACUGCCGCAGGAGCUGCGGUAACGGGUGCCAGUUUACUCGGUUUCGCCAGUGGAACGGCCAGAGGAAUGGCUCCUCAUGCCAGGCUGGCCAUCUACAAAGCAUGUUGGGCGCCUGAAGGCAGAUGCGACGACAGCGACGUGGCUGCUGCCAUGGAACACGCCAUUGCUGAUGGCGUCGACAUCCUUUCUAUCUCAAUUAGCUCAGAAGACGUGCCAUUCCACAUGAAUAUCAGAGCCAUUGCAGCGUUUGGAGCGACAGAAAAGGGAGUAUUUGUUUCUGCCGGGGCAGGCAAUCGAGGACCACUUUCGUCUACUCUGAGCAACACAGAGCCAUGGAUUACAACCGUGGGUGCGAGCAGCAUCGACAGAGAUUUCCCUGCUUCUCUGGUGUUGGGCAACCAGGAGAUAUACAGAGGCACCUCCGCCUUCAAAGGAGGAGAUGGAAAAUUGCAAGGGCCAUUCCCUCUCGUCUAUGUCUCCGCCAGCAACAGCUCAAAGCGUUGUCUUGAUGGCAGUCUCGACCCCAAUCUGGUGAAGGAUAAGAUAGUGCUGUGUGAUCAGUUGAUCGAUCCAGAUGACUCUAGCGCACCGGAGAAGGCCAAUGAAGUAGCUAGAGCAGGCGGUGCAGGAAUGAUUGUGGCCAAUGAAGAGCUCCUUGGAGCACAGCAGCAGUUUUCCUACACUUUUAAAUUUCCCGCUAUCAGCUUAAGUUUCAAAGCUGGGGAAAAAAUAAAAUCCUACAUCAACAGCACAUCGAAUACUAGUACUGCCACGGCCGCCAUGCGUCUCACUGGAUUGACUAUUGUGGGAAACGCAACGGCCGCUCCCAUAGUGGCUGCUUUUUCAUCGAGGGGGCCGAGCGAAGCAUAUCCUUCUGUUCUCAAGCCUGAUAUGAUUGCUCCUGGUGUCAACAUAUUGGCAGCAUACGCUGGAAGUGUGGACUACAUUUUAGAUUCGGGGACCUCAAUGGCGUGUCCUCAU